AUGGAUGAAGAAACUCUAGAGGCAGCCAUUUCUACCUAUUGUGCCCAGCUGCAGCAGGUAGAGACAGCCCUUUCGGCUGGGCUGGACCCCUCCCAGCAGUCAGACCUUCUCAAACUAAAAGAGGACCUUCAUCAGCUGAUAGAGCUCACUGAGGCCAGUCUGGUGUCUGUCAAAAAGAGUCGUCUUCUGGCCAGCCUCGAGGACAGCAAUGGCCUGCAGGCGCACACCUCAGAGGCAGCAGCUAACACAAGCUGUGCAAGCAGCAGUUUGGACUCUGAGUUUGUUGCUUUUUACUCUGAGCUGGGGGAUUCUUUAGAUAGUAGCUCUGAUACUAGAGAGAGGGAAAAGGAGAGCAAUGGUGGGGUAGAAGAUGGUGAGGAGGAGGAGGAGGAAGAAGAAGAAGAUUCACUCGGUGGUACCAAAGUCAGAGCACCCUACCGGACAGCAUGGGGAACACUGGAGUAUCACAAUGCCAUGGUGGUGGGGGCAGAACCUCCAGAUGGAGAAGAGGCACAAGUAAGAGUGCUCUAUGUCUACCCCACCCAGAAGUCUAUGAAGCCUUGUCCAUUCUACCUGGAGGACAAAUGUCGCUUCCAGAAUAACUGCAGAUUUUCUCACGGUGAAGUGGUGUAUGUGUCGGAGCUCAGAGAGUUUGUGGAGUGUGACCUCAGUAAUCUUGAAGAAGGCUCGUCCUGCUUGGUUCGACACGAGGAUGGCAUCUGGUAUCCAGCAAAAAUUCAAGAAAUAGACAAUGGAUUCUACACUGUGAAGUUUGACUCGCUGCUGCUGAAAGACGCUGUGGUCGAGGCUGACUGUAUUAUCCCGCCUUUGAGAGAAGAUGACCCACUCUCCUCUGACUCUGACCAGGACGACAGUGGAGAUGGAGAUGAUGUGGCUUUUGCAAGAGUUAUGGACUCUGCUGUAGAAUCCACAGUUAUUUUAAAUACUGCUGAUUUCGGUGGCUGGGAGGCACACACCAGAGGCAUUGGAUCCAAGCUUAUGCUCAAAAUGGGCUAUGAAUACGGGAAAGGCUUAGGAAAGAUGCAGGAGGGUCGAGUAGAGCCAGUCAUGGCAGUGGUCCUACCCAAGGGUAACUCUCUGGACCAGUGUGCCAACUUCACCCAGAGACGCACCCAGAGCAAGGCUGCAAAAGAUGGCACACUAACGGGCCGCCCAAAGAAGCGCAGAAAACCUCAGGUUGCCACAGGAGGGCGCCACACUGUCUUUGACUUUCUCAAUCACAAACUCGGAGGCAAGAGCACCCAUCUUGCUGAGGGGGGUGCUGCUGCGCCGUCAGCAGCGACUGGGGUGGAGGCUUACAAGGGAGGGGAAACCACCAAGAGGAAUCUGAAUGUGAGGCUGUUUAAGGCUGCUGAGAGGGUGUCCCAGACAGAGAGGGAGAUCGAGAAACUGACAGAGACACUCAGCAGGCACACAGGCAGGGGCGCAUCCACAGUGAAGCAGCUGGAAGAGAAGCUGUCAGCGGCCCGCCGGUUGCUGGCCCAGCAGAAAGCCCAGGAGCUGUCCAUCCAGAGAGAACAUAAGAAGGCUGACACACACAAGAAGAUGACUGAGUUCUAAGCUCAGUUUUCAAAGACUUGGAGUAUAAAGGGAAGCCUGCUUGCCUGAAAUGAACUUUUGUCCCUUGCCUGUUGUCAAGUUAUUUCCUACACUGUAUUUUAAGGCAUUUUUUAGCAUAAUUUCUCACCACAUUAUGGAUUUGAGCUGGCGGUGUAGCCCACUUUAUGCAGAAUGGAUCAAUAUGCUGAAGAUCAUUGCUGCUAUUCAUAUAUUUUUCAAGGACUGUUCUGUUCGAGUUUGAAGUGUACAGUUCACAAUAAUGUUAAAAACUGAUUUUUAUUUGUAAUUAACAUUUUGUCUCAGUAAACAUUCAGCACUAAAAACCA